GUCGUUCGCCGGCCCCAAUUUCAUCCGGAAAUGACGACGUCAAUGUAGACGAGCGCCAUUUCAAUAUACUGUUGGAACAAUUGUGCGGCGAGGCUCCUGCAGGAGCAGGACGGGGUGAAUCGAUGCAGCAACCCAUCAUCUACACGGUGCCCCAGGAACUUAAAAUCAAUAGCUACAACCCAAUGGGAGAAUAUGAGCCGGUUGCUGUUUGCAUAGGCAGCAAGUACUCCAAGGUUUACACUCUUCCACCGGGGAGUCAGUACAGGGAAAACUUGCUGCAGCUGGACAAAUACAAAUGGUGCUGCGUGCAGCAGCUCAUCAGGCGACACAGCCGCCUCUUGGAGCCUGCCAAGACUCUGGUUCUACUACAUGGAUGCUUCACGAGCAUGAAGCGACUCCUGCCUAAAAUUCGGGGAUCCUACUCACCACAAGGCACCUUAAGGACUGACCGAGCUCAAUCCGAUGACGAGGUGGCCCAGAUGAUGCUGCUAGACGGCUGCUUCAUCCUACACCGAUUGCUCAAGUACGCGCGACGCGCGGGAAUGGAAGAAGCUGGUGGCGGCGGCGAACAGCAGUUUGUCGACGACGACGAGGACUGGACUCAGGUUUAUGGCAGGUGCUUUGUGUGGCAACUGGUGACGCGGGACCUGCUACUGCUGGAGAACCAGAUCCCUUUUUUCGUGAUCCGGGAGCUCUUUCAGCAGCUGAGAAACGAGGACGAAUCAGAAAGGCUCCUGGUGACCGGCAGCCUCAGGCUUUUCCGCUCCCUUCGUCCCCAGAUGAUGCACCGGUCACCCAUCGCAUGCGACGGCGUACACCACCUGCUGCACCUCUUCUACCUCUCCGUCGGCUUCCCAUUGAGCCACCGCCGGCAGCAUUCCCGCCGCCGUCAAACCGAUGUGGUGAUGUCGGAGCUCCCUCAGUGGAUCCCGUGCGCCAAGGAGUUGGAGGAGGCUGGGGUCCGAUUCCGCAAGAGGGAGAAUGCCACGAGCUUCCUGGACGUGAGCUUCGCCCAGGGCGUGCUGGAGAUCCCGCAGCUGGAGCUGAACGACUCCAGCGAGUCCUUGUUCCGGAACCUGAUUGCAUUCGAGCAAACCUACCCGGACACCCCGCGCGACGUUUCUACCUACGCCGUCUUCAUGGACUGCCUCAUCACCUCGGCGGAGGACAUGAGGAUCCUAGACCUGCACGGCGUCCUUGUCAGCUACCUCAGCAGCAGGAGGGUCGCAUGGCAUUUCUUCAGCGACAUUGGCGGGCAGGUGCACUGGUCAGUCGACGACAACUACCUGGUCGGCCUGAUGAACGAGGUGAACAGGUACAGGGAGCGCAGGCGGCACAAGUGGCGCGCGGCCCUUGCCCGCAACUACUUCAGCAACCCAUGGGUGGCCAUGUCGGUGUUCGCGGCCCUACUCCUGCUCUCCAUGGCCAUGCUGCAGACCUUCUUCGCUGUCUAUGCCUACUUCAAGCCUCCCAAGUAAGCACGCAUGCAGCAGAGGUAAGCUAGACAGUAAACUGAGUAAAAGUGUGCUGGGAGAAUAUCUCAGGUGCUAUGAUUUCAAUAAAACUGGGCCACUAUCUCUGUAUCCUUAUUGAAAGCUGAACUGAGUCAUUGCCAUGGAUAUUUAUCUCUUGGCUAUAUACCUUCUAUCAUGAUUUGCACUCACCAAGUGAUUUGACUAUUUGUGUGGGUAAACUUAUGUAAGAUUCUAAGCAAUAUAAUUGUCAUUUUACCAUAUCUCUAUGGUUUUCUGCUUUUAAGUUCCUCUCUGAUUCACAGGAUUCGAAAAUACAGUAACUUUCUGGACAUAUCCAUCAAGUCCAGAACAUUUAUAUGUAUAUCAAUAUUUGGUGAACUAUUUCAAGAGCCAAAAGAUUAAAUUAACUAUCUUAAGAUAAAAAAAUUCAAUACCACUUCAAUUUGGGCUUCUUUGUCGGCGUUCACAUCAGCACCUCUGGCACAAGGAGGGUGUGAAAAGAAAAUAAAAGUAGAAAGAAAAGCUUGGAGCAAGAUGUUGCAUUGU